CUUACUCACAUCAAAACCUUUUCCUUUGAUGACCCCAAAAAAAAAAAAAUUAAUAAUAAAAUAAAGAUCAAACCCUUUUCCUUAACUGUUUUCUCGUAGGCCAAAAAAUGGAGCUCAUGAGUUUGGUUAGCAAAGAAUCAAGCUGGUGGGUUCUUACACUCCCAGGUUUUCUGGGUUCCAAAAUUUUUUUUGAUCUUUAUCUUGUAUUUUAUCUCUUCGUUGUCUUUCUCUCUCUUAGUUUUCUCACAUGGGUCUUUGCCGCUGAUGGCAUUGCAUGGAAAAACGGGAGGUAUCAGAAAGGUCGUGUUUCUAUUCCUAGGUCUCGAGGCCUUCCUUUUUUUGGAAGCCUCUUCACUCUCAGCCGUGGCUUGGCUCACCGUUCUUUGGCUUCGAUGACUUGGAGCCGAGCUAAAACCACCCAACUUAUGGCUCUUAGUCUCGGCUCAACGCCUCUAGUAGUUGCUUCCCACCCAGACACUGCGAAAGAAAUCCUGACUUCACCACAUUUCGCCGACCGGCCUCUUAAACGAUCGGCUAAAAGCCUGAUGUUCGACCGAGCCAUCGGCUUCGCUCCCAACGGAACGUACUGGCGGUUGCUGAGACGGAUCGCCUCGUCUCACCUCUUCGCUCCUCGGCGCAUUGCGGCCCAUGAAACGGGCCGUCAGCUAGAAUGCGCCGAAAUGUUGAGUAGCAUAGCGAAGGAGCAGAAUCUGAACGGUGUCGUUUGUUUGAGGAAACACCUUCAAGCUGCUUCGUUGAACAACAUAAUGGGAAGCGUUUUCGGCAAGAGGUACGAUUCGAUUAAAGAUGGCGAAGAACUCGAAGAGCUUAAAGAAAUGGUUAGAGAAGGGUUUGAGCUCCUUGGUGCUUUUAACUGGUCCGAUUAUCUUCCAUGGCUGAGCUAUUUUUAUGAUCCAUUUCGGAUCAACGAACGGUGCUCGAAACUCGUUCCCCGAGUCAGGAAAUUCGUGAAAGGAAUUAUUCAAGAGCACCGAGGCUGUAAAUCUGAUAAGCUGCUUGAUCAAACCGAUUUCGUCGACGUUUUGCUCUCUUUGGAUGGUGAUGAAAAGCUUAAUGAAGAUGAUACGGUUGCUGUGCUAUGGGAAAUGAUAUUCAGAGGGACUGAUACAACCGCCUCGUUGACUGAGUGGGUGAUGGCCGAGUUGAUUCUGAACCCAGACGUGCAAGAGAAGCUUUACUGGGAAAUCCACAACGCCAUUGGAGAGAGAAACAUGACAGAUGCUGACGUGGCAACGUUGCCUUACUUGCAGGCCGUGGUGAAGGAAACACUACGGGUCCACCCGCCAGGCCCACUGCUUUCAUGGGCCCGUCUCUCCACGUCGGAUGUCCAGCUCAGCAACGGGAUGUUGAUCCCGGCCAACACAACCGCCAUGGUGAACAUGUGGGCUAUAACACACGACCCGAGCGUGUGGGACGAGCCACACGUGUUCAAACCCGAGAGGUACUUGGUAGCCGACGUGGACGUGAAAGGCAGUGACCUGAGGCUCGCUCCGUUCGGUGCCGGCCGGAGGGUUUGCCCGGGAAAGAACCUUGGUCUGGUGACUGUGAGCCUGUGGGUGGCUAAGCUGGUCCAGAAUUUCAAGUGGGUCCCUGACGAUUCUAAGCCGGUUGAUCUGAGUGAGAUGCUCAAACUGUCGUGCGAGAUGAAGCAUCCUCUGCACGUUGUGGCGGCGCAAAGAAGGAUUGAUGGUGUUUGGUUCUAGGUUAGGUGAUGCAUGGAUUUCAGGUGUAUCAUCGAUGUGGGACCAGAUCAAUCUCUUUUUAAUUUAUUUGUAACCAUAGUUUGGAUUUUUAUCUAUUAAAAUAAAGCAUCGUGGGGUUUGCUUUGUGAAUGAUUUGGUUUAAGAAAAUGGUUGGUUUGGGGACUUGCAUAUUGUGUGAAUCUUAGUGAGGCAAUAUAUUAAUAAAAUAUUUGUGUUUAAUAGACUCGUAAGAAAACCUUCUUUAUUC